AGAGAAUAACUACUAACGGUCACACUGAGCAGCAACUUGUUGCCAAGGCAACAGAAAAAUAUAAACAACUUUUAUUUUGGUUGCAAUGGAUUGGGCUGAAGAAUUAAAAAUGACAAUUAGAAAGACGACGGCGAGAAAAGGACGUCGUUCAAAGAGUCGUGAUGCAUUAAGUGAUCAAGUUCAAGCUGGAACUUCGAGUGCCGCGUCAACACACUUGCUUAACAAGGAUAUAUCAAUAGAUAUAACCUUGGAUAUACAGAAUGCUAACAGUAACAGCCCUCCUACUACAACUGCAACGUCGGCCAGCACUUAUAAUAAUGAGUUUGAUUCAAGUCGGCCGCCAAUUAGACGAGUAUCUGGGGGUUGGGCUGAUUCCGGUUUAAAGGGAUUAAAAUCAAAGAAGAAUUCGUUUGACGACGAGCGAUUUCAGAUCUCAAAGUCAGCUACAAGCACAAUUCCUACAGAUGAUAUACCCAUCAUACCGGACUUGGAUGAUGUACGCGAUGAGAUAUUGUUAAAUGAAAUAGUGGAGCCUCCCUCCGGUUCAAUUAACCAUGAAGUGGCAUUUAAGGAGCUGAGUUCUGACUUAUUAUCGCAGAAUGCCUUUACAGCUAUUGAAAACGUUGAUUUGUCCAUAUUAACACGUUGUUUGCAGAUACAAGAAGCGCUCGACGAACCUGAUGAAGUCUGGGAAUGGGAUAAACUCUUUACUGAGAUCACAGCUCAAAUAAAUUCUGAUAAAAACCAAAAUUCUGGCGUGCCGGAAAAGGUAGAAAUCGGACCCGAUGAAAUACCGCCGGCAGCUAAACUAUAUUAGUUGACUAUAAUAUUCUAUAAAUAAUUUAAUAAAUGCAAUAAAUAUUUUAUAUCACAAUUUGAAUAAUUCACUUUUCGAUAAAUAACUAGUGUCAACGUUGUUUCUCCAUCCAGUUUUGUCAUUCACCAGCAAUCACAAGAAGUAGUGUUGUAUAAUCGUACAAAUAUAUCGUCAGACGUUUCUCAUCACUAUCCGUCACGGGGCAGUGAAAAACAUUAUAUUAGACAUUUUUUAAUCUGUGUUAAUCGCAUUGAAAAUCGCGUUUAAAAAUUGCCAAUCCGUAAGAAUUCUAUAAUUAACACAUCAAUGGCGCCCAAGGCUAAAACAGUUGGUAUCAAACCGAAGGCACAGACCUUCAAAGACAAGU